UCAUUCCCAUGUACUUGAAUAUAUUCUCAAGGCUUUGUGGGACUUUUCAAGUGUUGGCUCGAAAAAUGGCCAAUCUAUGGCUUUACCUCUUCUAUGCAUUGGGAUUGUUCUUGUUAGCCACCAAUGUAGUAGCAGCCAUUGACGAGCCUAACUUCGUCCACUCUCCACCCACUAACCAAAUAAGACGGCCACCAAUAAAGGUCCCAAACCUGCCACCAGCAUUCCACAAUCAUAGACAACCACCUCCACUAUCACCAUAUUACAAGAAGUCUCCUCCACCACCACCAAGUCAUCGUAAAUCCCCACCUCCGCCAUCACCAAGUCGUCGUAAAUCCCCACCACCCCCACCACCAUACUAUAAGAAGUCUCCUCCUCCACCACCAAGUCGUCGGAAAUCCCCACCACCUCCACCACCAUACUACAAGAGGUCUCCUCCUCCACCACCAAGUCGUCGUAAAUCCCCGCCACCUCCACCACCAUACUACAAGAAGUCUCCUCCUCCUCCGCCACCACGCCAUCAACAUCAUAAGUCUCCACCACCUCCACCACCAUACAACAAUAAUUCGCCUCCACCACCACCACCACAUAAUUCCCAAAUGUCCCCACCACCACCAAUGCCAAACUCUCAAAACUCCCCUCCUCCACCACAGCUAGACAACCAAAAGUCUCCGCCUCCUCCUUAUGUUUCUAAAUCUCCUCCUCCACCAUCAUCAUCACCUCCCCCUCUUUCACCACCAACACCAACUCCAUCGUCAUCUCCAUCCUCAUCUCCAUCACCUAGUAGUGAACCACCAUUACCAACUUCUCCAUCUUCAUUCCCACCCAUACCUCUAUCUCCAUCUCCAUCCUCACCUAUAUCCUUCUUGCCACCACCGUCUCCAUCUCCUUCCCUGUCACCAUCUUCACCUCCAUUACCGGGAACCGAACCACUACUACCACCUUAUCCAUCUCCGUUCCCAUCCACACCUCUAUCUCCAAAUCCAUCUUCAUCCUUAUCUCCAUCUACAUUCUCACUACCACCACCAUCUCCAUCUAUAUCUCCAUCACCUGUCAAUGAACCACUGCCACCACCUUCGCCAUCUCCUUCCCCCUCACCAUCUUCAUCCCCAUUACCAAACAAGGAACCACUACUACCACCUUCUCUAUCUCCAAUCUCAUAUACACCUCUAUCUCCAACUCCAUCUUCUUCCUUACCUCCAUCUACAUUCCCACUACCACCACCAUCUCUAUCUCCAUCUAUAUCCCCAUCACCUAUCAAUGAGCCACCGCCACCACCUUCUCCAUCUCCUUCCCCCUCACCAUCUUCAUCCCCAUUACCUGGCAUCGAACCACUCCUACCACCUUCUCCAUCUCCAUUCUCAUCCACACCUAUAUCUCCAAAUCCAUCUUCUUCUCUAUCCCCAUCGCUACCACCAUUGUCACCAUCUUUAUCCCCAUCACCUGUCUAUGAGCCAUUACCAUCACCUUCUUCAUCUCCAUCUCCAUCUCCUUUCACAUCCCCAUCCACACCUCCAUCUUCUUCUUCAUAUCCAUCCCCAUCCACAUCUCCACUACUACCACCUUCUUCAUCCCCAUCACCUAGCAUUGAAGCACCUCUAAUACCUUCUCCAUCUCCAUUAUCGUCCACACCACCAUCCACACCUAUAUCUCCAAAUCCAUCUUCUUCUCUAUCCCCAUCGCUACCACCAUUGUCACCAUCUUUAUCCCCAUCACCUGUCUAUGAGCCAUUACCAUCACCUUCUUCAUCUCCAUCUCCAUCUCCUUUCACAUCCCCAUCCACACCUCCAUCUUCUUCUUCAUAUCCACCCCCAUCCACAUCUCCACUACUACCACCUUCUUCAUCCCCAUCACCUAGCAUUGAAGCACCUCUAAUACCUUCUCCAUCUCCAUUAUCUUCCACACCACCAUCCACACCUAUAUCUCCAAAUCCAUCUUCUUCUCUAUCCCCAUCGCUACCACCAUUGCCACCAUCUUUAUCCCUAUCACCUGUCUAUGAGCCAUUACCAUCACCUUCUUCAUCUCCAUCUCCAUCUCCUUUCACAUCCUCAUCCACACCUCCAUCUUCUUCUUCAUAUCCACCCCCAUCCACAUCUCCACUACUACCACCUUCUUCAUCCCCAUCACCUAGCAUUGAAGCACCUCUAAUACCUUCUCCAUCUCCAUUAUCGUCCACACCACCAUCCACACCUAUAUCUCCAAAUCCAUCUUCUUCUCUAUCCCCAUCGCUACCACCAUUGUCACCAUCUUUAUCCCCAUCACCUGUCUAUGAGCCAUUACCAUCACCUUCUUCAUCUCCAUCUCCAUCUCCUUUCACAUCCCCAUCCACACCUCCAUCUUCUUCUUCAUAUCCACCCACAUCCACAUCUCCACUACUAUCACCUUCUUCAUCCCCAUCACCUAGCAUUGAAGCACCUCUAAUACCUUCUCCAUCUCCAUUAUCGUCCCCACCACCAUCCACACCUAUAUCUCCAAAUCCAUCUUCUUCUCUAUCCCCAUCGCUACCACCAUUGUCACCAUCUUUAUCCCCAUCACCUGUCUAUGAGCCAUUACCAUCACCUUCUUCAUCUCCAUCUCCAUCUCCUUUCACAUCCCCAUCCACACCUCCAUCUUCUUCUUCAUAUCCACCCCCAUCCACAUCUCCACUACUACCACCUUCUUCAUCCCCAUCACCUAGCAUUGAAGCACCGCUAAUACCUUCUCCAUCUCCAUUAUCGUCCACACCACCAUCCACACCUAUAUCUCCAAAUCCAUCUUCUUCUCUAUCCCCAUCACUACCACCAUUGUCACCAUCUUUAUCCCCAUCACCUGUCUAUGAGCCAUUACCAUCACCUUCUUCAUCUCCAUCUCCAUCUCUAUCUCCUUUCACAUCCCCAUCCACACCUCCAUCUUCUUCUUCAUAUCCACCCCCAUCCACAUCUCCACUACUACCACCUUCUUCAUCCCCAUCACCUAGCAUUGAAGCACCUCUAAUACCUUCUCCAUCUCCAUUAUCAUCCACACCACCAUCCACACCUAUAUCUCCAAAUCCAUCUUCUUCUCUAUCCCCAUCGCUACCACCAUUGUCACCAUCUUUAUCCCCAUCACCUGUCUAUGAGCCAUUACCAUCACCUUCUGCAUCUCCAUCUCUAUCUCCUUUCACAUCCCCAUCCACACCUCCAUCUUCUUCUUCAUAUCCACCCCCAUCCACAUCUCCACUACUACCACCUUCUUCAUCCCCAUCACCUAGCAUUGAAGCACCUCUAAUACCUUCUCCAUCUCCAUUAUCAUCCACACCACCAUCCACACCUAUAUCUCCAAAUCCAUCUUCUUCUCUAUCCCCAUCGCUACCACCAUUGUCACCAUCUUUAUCCCCAUCACCUAUCUAUAAGCCAUUACCAUCACCUUCUGCAUCUCUAUCUCCAUCUCCUUUCACAUCCCCAUCCACACCUCCGUCUUCUUCUUCAUAUCCACCCCCAUCCACAUCUCCACUACUACCACCUUCUUCAUCCACAUCACCUAGCAUUGAAGUACCUCUAAUACCUUCUCCUUCUCCAUUAUCAUCCACACCUAUAUCUCCAAAUCCGUCUUCUUCUCUAUCCCCAUCACUAACACCAUUGUCUCCAUCUCCAUCUUUAUCCCCAUCAUCUGUCUAUGAGCCAUUACCACCACCUUCUCCAUCUCCUUUCACAUCCCCAUUCCCAUCCAUACCUCCAUCUUCUUCUUCAUAUCCACCCCCAUCUACAUCUCCACUACUACCACCUUCUUCAUCCCCAUCCUCACCUCACUUUCCAUCUUUAUCCCCAUCUUCAUCUCCAUCAUCACCAAAACCUCCAUAUCUAUCACCAUCCUCAUUCACACCCCCUGUCAAUGAACCCAUACCAGCCCAUUCUCCAUCUUUAUCAUCCUCUCCAUCUCCAUCCCCAUCUGCAGCUCCAUCUCUACCACCAUUCCCAUCUCCAUCCCAAGUUUUAUCCCCAUCCCCAUCACAGGUCAAUGAAUCACAAUUACAACCUUCACCAUCUCCAUCUCCGUCCUCCUCACCAUCUCCAUCCCCAUCUUCAUCUGUAACUCCACUACCACCACCCUUGCCAUCUCAAUCUCCAUCCUCAUCCACCUCUCCUUCUCUAUCUCCGUCCCCAUCUCCAUCCAUAUCCACAUCCCCAUCAUUACCUUCUUCACCAUCCCCAUCACCAUUAAAAGCUCCAUCUCCAUAUAUUCAUCAAUCACCAUCACCACCCCCACGAUCUUCACCCCCACCACUGCAAUCUCCACCACCACCUCCUCCCUCUCCUCCCCCACCUAGUUAUAAGUCUCCACCACCACCUCCACCAUCUCCUCUCUCACCCCCCUACAAGUCUCCACCACUACCUCCUCCAUCCCCUUUUCCACCCAGCUACAAGCCUCCACGACCACAUAAGCCAUCUCCUCACCCACCCCGUUACAAGUCUCCACCACCACCUACGCCAUCUCCUCCACCACCCCGUUACAAGUCUCCACCACCACCUAAGCCAUCUCCUCCUCCACCCCGAUACAAGUCUCCACCACCACCUAAGCCAUCUCCUCCACCACCCCGUUACAAGUCUCCACCACCACCUAAGCCAUCUCCUCCUCCACCCCGGUACAAGUCUCCACCACCACCUAAGCCAUCUCCUCCUCCACCCCAGCACAAGUCUCCACCACCACCUAAGCCAUCUCCUCCUCCACCCCGGUACAAGUCUCCACCACCACCUAAGCCAUCUCCGCCUCCACCCCGCUACAAGUCUCCACCACCACCUAAGCCAUCUCCUCCUCCACCUCGUUACAAGUCUCCACCACCACCUAAGCCAUCUCCUCCUCCACCCGGCUACAAGUCUCCACCACCACCUAAGCCAUCUCCUCCUCCACCCCGCUACAAGUCUCCCCCACCACCUUCUCCAUCUCCACCUCCACCCCGCUACAAAUCUCCCCCACCACCUUCUCCAUCUCCACCUCCACCCCGCUACAAAUCUCCACCUCCACCAUCAGGCUCAUCUCCUCGUACUUAAGACUACAAGUACUUAAGACCUCACAUCAUUUACUAAACAAAUCGCAAUUUCUAUGAGAUUAUGUACCUUAUUAUAAACUAAUAAAAGAAUAAUUGUUGCUGAAGUUCUCAGACUCUAUUAUCGAGCUUUAGUUUAUAUCAUUGUAACUCAAUUCCAAUCUAGGUAACUGUUCAGGACAAUCGAGAUAUGAUAUGCCUGGCAACUCUUGUGCAAUAUAUAAAUGUAUUUUAUUGACUUGAUAUAAUGAAACGAUCGUUACAUGA